GAAGGAGUUUGGGGGGUGAGAAGGGGGAGGAGGAAGAGGUGCAGGUGAUAUUUAAGCCACUGGCAGACUCUCUCCCCAUCCAUCUCUGCCUUGGCUCAGUCCCCUGCACCUCUUCAAAGACAAAGAAGGCCCUCCAUCAGCACUCAGUCUCUCCACAAGUCCAGCUCAAGAAACUCCAAGAUGCCGGACACAAUGUGUUAUGUCCAAGGAGCCCAGUUCCAACCUGGAGAGUGCCAUGCAGAUGCUCAUAAAGACCUUCCACAAGUACUCCGGGAAGGAGGGCGACAAGUACACGCUCAGUCGGGGUGAACUGAAGGAGCUGUUACUAGAGGAGCUGGGGACUUACUUAGGGGGCUCCUCCAAAGAUAAUGAAGCAGUUGAGAAGGUGAUGAACGACUUGGACGCCAAUAACGAUGGGGAGGUGGACUUCACCGAGUUCAUCAUCCUCAUGGGCGCCCUCACUGUCGCCUGCAACGACUUCUUCCUGGAUUGCAAAACAGAUGAGAAACCAAAGGAAGGCGAGUCGGCGGAGAAGAAGAAUUGAAUCAGUGCA